AUGGAAUCCGCUUUGAACAUCAGCGAUUGCGCUGAAGGGAAUAAAGUAAAAUAUGCGGCGUGUCUUUUACAAGGAAGGGCRCUCACRUGGUGGAACACCUUGGUGCAAACAAGAGGCCGAGAAGCAGCCAAUCAGCUCUCAUGGGAGGAGUUUAAAAAAUUGCUUAAGGAAGAAUACUGUCUAAGAAGUGAACUCCAAAAGUUGGAGAUGGAGUUGUGGAACCUUGAGAUGAAGGGAAGCGAUAUUUCUGCCUAUACAACGAGGUUCCAAGAGUUGACAAACCUGGUGCCGCACUUAGUGACACCAGAGGAGGUACGAAUAGAAAGGUAUAUUUGGGGGUUGUCCCCAGAAAUUAGAGUCAACAUAACCUCUGCCAACCCAAAGACUUUUCAAGGAGCGGUGGAAAUUGCCACGAAACUCACAAAGAAUGCGGUACGAUCUGGAGGAUUGGCUAAGGGAAAAAAGAAGAUGGAAGACCAUGAAGACCGAAAGUUUGGGAGGAAGUCGGACAGGAACAGAAGAACAACAAGAAGCUUUGGAGCUCAAUCGCAGGUAGUUGAGCAAGGCGAUGUAAUCAGAUGCGAUAAGUGCAAAUUCUCGCAUCGAGAAAAUUGCAUUAAUUGUCAGAGAUGUCAUCUUGAGGGUCACACAGCGAAGGACUGCCGGAAACGUCUAUGUUAUGAAUGUGGGAGCCCGGAUCACAUGAGGAACGCUUGCCCAAAAAGAAGAAUAGAGAAAAAUAUGAAACAGACUCGGCAGAACAGUACAAUCAACUUGGGAAGUCAGGCUAGGGGCCGAGCUUUCGAAUUGGGGGCCAGAGAAGCUAGAGAAGAUCCCAACGUGGUAUUAGGUACGUUUCCUCUAAACAAUGAAUUCGCAUCAGUUCUAUUUGACUCGGGCGCCGACAGAAGUUUUGUGUCACUAAGUUUUAGGCAGAAAAUUUACUUAAAGCCUCAGAAGUUGAAAGAAGCCCUUSUCAUAGAAUUUGCCAACGGCCAGAAAUUCAAAACCAGGGAUAUAAUUCCGAACUGCACACUAAAUUUAGCCAAUAAGGACUUUAGCAUAGACCUUAUACCGAUCAAACUAGGAAGUUUCGAGGUAAUUGUAGGCAUGGACUGGCUGUCCAGAAACCAAGCCGAAAUCAUUUGUUCAGAUAAGCUUAUUCGAAUCCCUCAAGAAGGAGUGGAGCCUUUAGUGGUCCAAGGAGAUAAAUUGGACCAAGCGAUUAAGCUGGUAUCCUACAUGAAGAUGAGGAAGUACCUAAAGAGGAAUUAUCCUGCAUACUUGGCCCACGUAAUAGAUGGAAGAAUCAGGGAGGAUAACAUCGGGGAUUUACCUGUAGUUCGGGAAUUUUCCGAUGUCUUCCCAAAAGAUCUGCCAGGCCUGCCCCCGCAAAGACAAGUGGAGUUCAGUAUCAACUUGACCCCUGGAGCUGCUCCGGUGGCCAAGGCACCAUACCGUUUGGCACCCCCAAAAAUGCAAGAAAUGUCGACUCAACUCCAGGAAUU